AUGUCCACGGGCUCCGUGAGCGACCCGGAGGAGAUGGAAGUGCGGGGACUGAAGCGGGGGUACCCGGUCCCCGCCUCCAAGAGGCCGCCCUUGCGCGGAUCCGAACGCAGCUACGCCUCACCUAGUGAGAACUCGUCCGCGGAGGAAGAGGACCCGGACGGUGAAGAGGAGCGCGGCGCGGGAGGCUGCAAAAGGAAGCGGUCUCGUGCCGCUGGGGGUAGCGGCGCAAGCGUUGGUGCUGGCAGCUCCGGCGGCAAGAAGCCCCUCCCGCCCAAAAGUUCGGCCGCCGAGUGCAAGCAGUCUCAGAGGAACGCGGCCAACGCCCGCGAGCGCGCCCGGAUGCGCGUGCUGAGCAAAGCCUUCUCCAGGCUCAAGACCAGCCUGCCCUGGGUGCCCCCGGACACCAAGCUCUCCAAGCUGGACACGCUGCGGCUGGCUUCCAGUUACAUCGCGCACCUGCGGCAGCUGCUGCAGGAGGACCGCUACGAGAAUGGCUACGUGCACCCGGUGAACCUGACGUGGCCGUUCGUAGUCUCUGGACGGCCUGACCCCGACACCAAGGAAGUUGCCGCUGCGGGCAGACUCUGUGGAACCACCGCUUAGAUCGCACUGGAACUCACUUACUGGGAUUAUUCGUUCAUCCCAAGCUUGUGGAGGCUGCGGAGGGAAGGCAGAGAAGGAGAGCACUGCCACGUGGCGGGCAGAAGAUUCUGCCGAGCCUUCUCCAGAAUUGCGGACACCACGGGGAGGGGCGGGCGGGAGGCCGCUGCCGAGCUGGUUCACGACCUUCGCCUCUGCAGAAAAGAGCUCCUUUUUCCGGAACGACGCGAACCUGGAGCCAGCCUGUGGCUUGCGCUCUGGACGCUAAAUCCGGCCCCGUCUUGGGAGCCCCGCGGAGCCAGAGGGACAGUCACUGCAGUGGCUGAGCUGUGCACAAACUGCGAGGUUAGAGCGCGUUCGCAUCCGCUUUGAAUA